AUGAGCCCGGGGAUACAGAAGGUGGAAGCUUUGAACGAGGGCCAUUUCGUCUGCGUGGAGUGGGAGGACGGAAGUGAGAGCAGCUACCCCUGCGUCUGGCUGAGGGACAACUGCCAGUGUCCCCUCUGCUUCCGGCCCUCUGCCGGAGCGCGCAGGCUGCUCUUUGAAGAUCUGGAUGUGAACAUUGUGGUGAAGCAGGUUGCUCUGGCAGGUAGAAAAAAGAUCUCUAUUACAUGGCCUGAUGAACACACAAGUGUAUAUGAAGCUGAGUGGUUGAAAAAACGAUGCUUCUCUGAAGAAGCCAGAGCUGUAAUGCAAGCAGAUUUAUUUUUACCAGAAGGCCAGUACUGGGGCUCGGACCUUCAACUUCACAAAAUACCUUUUGAAGAAAUCAUGUACAAUGAUGAAAGUGUGUACAAGUGGUUGUGCACCCUAAAGAAAGUAGGAAUUGUUCUACUGACAGGAGCUGCUACAAGGCAGGGAGAAUUGAUUAGACUUGGCCACAGGAUUGGGUUCCUGCGUCUCACAUUUUAUGGACCAACUUGGCAAGUGCAGGACAAAGCAGAUGCUAACAAUGUAGCUUAUACAACUGGGAGACUUUUUCACACUGAUUACCCUGUUCUGCAGCAUUCACCUGGGGUUCAAUUUCUUCAUUGUAUAAAGCAAACAGCUGCAGGAGGUGAAAGUGAAGUUGUAGAUGGAUUUCAUGUAUCCAAUGAGCUGAAGAAACAAAAUCCUGAGGCAUAUCAGAUCCUGUCCUCUACUGCUGUAGACUACACUGAUGUUGGGGUGGAUUACUGUGAUUUUGCUGUGCACUGUAAACAAAGGAUUAUAGAGAUGGAUUCCAGAGGCCAAGCAAUUCGCAUCAAUUAUAAUAAUGCAACAAGAGACACUGUGUUUGACAUACCAGCUGAAAAAGUGAGGCCAUUUUAUGCAGCUCUAAAGGAAUUUAAUGAUUUAUUAAACAGUGCAGAACACAAGUUUACUUACAAGCUGAAACCAGGAGACACAGUGACAUUUGAUAACUGGCGUGUGCUUCAUGGUCGCCAAAGCUACCCAUCAUGUUCAGAAGUGACACGUCACCUGGAAGGUGCCUAUGCAGACUGGGAUGUGGUCAUGUCAAGGCUCCGGCUCCUUAGGAAAAGGGUCCUGAAUAGGGAUUGAGCUUUCUUCUAAAUAGAAUGAGCAAAACAUAGAUUAUCUAACCUCAGUGACAACAGCAAUUUUAUAAAAAUGAGUCUUCUUUUCAGAAACUAACAUCACUUUUGACAAGGGCUUGUUGUAGAACCAGGGUAAUGGCUCUAAACUGACAGAGGGUAGCUUUUGGUUAGGUAUUAGGAAGAAAUUCUUUACUGUGAGGGUGCUAAGGUACUGCAACAGGUUGCUCAGAGAAACUGUG